AUGAUUUUUAGGGAAAACGAGAUCAACGGUGUUACCUUCUCGGCAGCAAAAAAGACAAAAGUAUCGGUGACUCAUAGCAAGAGACUAUGGGAAGUCGUCGAGGACAACAUCACUUUCAAAGAAGAAGACGUUGAUGGACUUCUAUUGCCGCACAAGGAUACCCUGGUAAUUUAUCUUAACGUUCUAGAUUUUCAAAUUAAACGUAUUUUGGUGGACUCAGGGAGUUCAGCCAACAUCAUUCAAUGGAGAGUGCUGGAGCAAGCCAAGCUAACCAGAAGCAUCAUUCCGACAACAAAACUCCUUGUCGGGUUCAACUUAGCAAGUGUGAACACCCGAGGGGAGAUCUUGCUACCCAUGAAUGCCGAAUGGGUCAUGAAGACUACCUUAUUUGAAGUAGUACACGGCGACAUGGGCUACAACAUAAUUGUUAGCAAACCAUGGCUAUACGAGAUAAAGGUUGUACCAUCAACAUAUCACCAACUUAUGAAAUUCCCAACUCCAGAGGGAAUCAAACAAAUAAAAGGAGAUCAACCGGAAACAUGGGCAACGAACGCAGUCUCAGUUUCCAGUAGUAAAGGGAAGGAAUACGCGGCAUAG